AACAGGCAGCGGGAUCAGCUGACUGAGGCAGGGAGCUGGCGCAUGGGUUAGUGUUAGACAGCGCAUCUCCCGUGCUGGAACGGGCAGCGGGGAACGGGGCAGAGCCGCGCAGCCCGGGGAGACGACAGCAGCCCAGCCAUGGCACCCCGGAUCAGGCUGAGCCUUUCAAAGCCUCUCCCAACCAUACGGGAAACCCACGAGGAAGUGGUGGAGGAUCCAAGCAGCAACCCAAAGUGUGCUGGGGAUGCUGCAGCCAGCCCAGACUCACACUCCAGUGAUGACUACAUCCAAUCCAUCUGCCACCUCGCCAGACCCACCUUCCCAGCCCUUCUGGAAAGCAGACGGAAGGGUAAGGACAGAAAGGCCCUGAAGACCCUUGAGGAUGUGUCAGGUUCUCCACCGCUUGUGGGGAUCCAGCAGGAAAUGUCAAAAUGUAAAUUGACCAAUUUCAUCUCUAGUGUGGUGCCACUGGGAAAAGUCCCACCUACAGAAAUCGACUUUUGGUCCAGAGAGGAUCCCCUGGAACAAAUUUACACCAAUGCAGGAAAUCUUUGCUCCUCCAAGGCUUCUUCCUAUGGUGAAAGUGGCAGCACUGGUUACUCACAGUGCAACUCUUCUGCCCCAAAUGGUGACCUUCAUCCCACAAACCUGGAAGAAAAAAACACAGGGAAAACCAGUUUUCCACGAGUGUUCAGUUUUCCAAGGCUUCCCUCCCCAAGACCAGCUCAGAAAGAAGCAGUAUGCUCAGAGCUGAGAUAUCUCAAAAGGGAUGAGGGAACAGUUUUAGGGAAUAACCACAGUCAGAAAGAAAAUGGCCCCAUGUUCAUUAACACUGAAGAGCAAUUGGCACCCUCAGCCAGAGGGAAGGUGGCAGGAAACCCAGCCCUGCCCUGCUCUGUAGGAAGGCAGAAUUUGUUCAAUACAGCAGGGAUAGAUGAAAAAGAAAGAAAAACUUCUCACUGUGACAAAAAUGUCAUGGGUGGUGUUCCCACUAAGCAGAGAUAUUUCGAGUCUUUCCAGGUACCUAAAAAAGCCACCAUCCAUAACUGGAUUUCAGAGCACAGAUGCAUCUGGAAAGAAGCAAAGAUAAAAGCUUGUUUGCUCCCAGCCAUUGCUGAAGUGUGA